CCGGACAAGCCAUGUAGUCGGGCUACCCUCCGCACACAGCGGACAAUUGUUGCUUCACCUACAGGUGGUAUUCUUACCUUACCCGGGGCAACCCGGACUACUGGGUGAAGUCCUGACCUGCGAGGUGUGACGGAUCGGGGAACAACCCGUUUACGGGAGUUCCGCGAAUCGGCUCGGCGGCUCCGAUCGUACCGGCAGGAUAUUAACGUUGCUCGGAUUAUUUAUACUCAAACCCUACGACGGGGCGGUGCUGAGUAGAGGAUCCCGAUCGGUGGCAGCCAGGCUGUACGGGGUUUAACCUCGUUUUGUAACGGAGUGAUUCGGCCUGAUUGGAAAAAUUGUGAUCGUAUCGUUGCGCGACGUGCCCCUAAGAGCGGGCAGAAUUUUCCCAUUCGAGGGCGGUGGUGCCGUCGGUGGUUGUGGUGGUGGUGGUGGUGGUGGUUGGUGGUGGUUGGUGGUGGUGGUUGCCGUUGGUUGUUGGAACCGCCUCGCCUCGUCUUGCGUCGCAACGCCGCGCCGCUCUGCAGCUAUACGACGAGGGCUGAGUUAUCGACCACACGCGCCGCCGACCUGUUGUCCAACUUGUUGCUCCUUCUGCCUGCACCGCUGUUCCAGGCGUAGCCAGCCGCCCGUAAUUUGCGAGGAACGAAAGGCUGAGGAGGAGGAAGAGGAAAAUCAAAAACGGGAAAUACUUGCAACGCGUAAUUCUGGCUGCCAGUUAUAUUGCUAGCUACGUAAUAAUAUCGUCGAUUAAACGACCAAUAAUUAUACCAACGUACUUGCAACUCGUCGCGAUACCUGAUUACACUUCUUCACCGAUAAUGCAGAUAUCGAGUGAAAAUCUAUCAAAUUUCGAACGAAAUACACGCCCGAUGAAUUACGGAUCAGCCGGCGCAACGAUCGGGUAAUAUAAUACGCUUGACCGCCUGCACAAGCUCUCCUGAAAGACGAGAUACAGGCUUUGGCUGCUGUUCGGGCCUCGGUUUAUUAUUUUAUUUUUAUUUAUUUAUUUUCCUACUCUUCUUUCCUUUUACUCCUUCUAAUUUCCGUUUCUUCUUUCUAUUAUACAUCGUUAUUGUAUUAUAGACAUACCAAAUCUUGUCGAUCAGAGUGCCACGUAUUGUAUAUACAUAUAUAUAUAUAUAUACAUAACGAUUGAAAUCACGCACCUGAAAACAGUGCAGAUGAGAGAGACGUCAAGACUUUAACGUUAUAUCAAUACGAUUAUUACCAUUAUUAUUAUUAUUAUUAUUGUUGUUGUUGUUGUUGUUGUUAUCGUUAUUGUUAUAACAAUAUCUAUCAUUGCUCAUUAUACAAUUUUUUCGUGCAAUUCAUAUCGGUGAUUAUUGUUACUGUAUUAUUAUUGUCAUCAUUAUUAUUGUAAAACAUCCACCCGUAAAUACAACGAAAGCAAUACUGAAACAAGGUAACCAAACAACUACCCCGCAACUUUACUGCAUUUAUACAUCAUAAAUACAUAUAAAUAUAUAAAUAUAUAUAUAAAUAUACAUAUACACAAAAAUAUGUAAAUGAUAUAUUAUAUAUAUAUAUAGAAGGAGGGAAAUGAAGUGAAAGAUGGAAAAUGAAAAAAAGAGCCAGGAUUUAAAACUAUAAACUAGUAACCGAUAUUUACGUAUACUGUAAUAACUAAUAAAGCCAAUAGCUGAGAGCAUGAUGAUUUAAUACAGGCUCGUCAAUAAUAAGUAUAAAAGGUAUUAAUUAUUACACUAAUAUAUCGUCCUCGAGUUGUGCAACGAUAAUAUAGACUUAAUCCUACUUAGAAAGAAACAGAAACGAGAGAGAAAAAAAAAUUAAUGUUAACAAUUUAUAGAGAGGGAGAAAAAAAGUAAUAAAAUUGGAAAAAAAAAAAAACGAAUAAGGAAACGAAGGCACUUGAACGACACACGUUGGACCAAUUCCGAAGAAGAUACUAAAAUAUACUAACAAUAAAACGAUAGGGAAGCAGACGCUGUACGAGCUUCGAGUUAUUAUCCCGUGGCUGGAAAAAGACAUACCGCAAGAUGCCGCGAUGUUACAUGGUGAAGAAGGCGUUGUGCAACAAGUACAUGAGCAGCGCGGUAAGGAGCUUCGAAUCUUGGGGCCGAAGCAGAACGCCACCGUCACCCGCGCUGCCUGUAAAAAUCUCCGUGCCGUCAUUCGAAUCCGCACAACCGGCCGCCACGACGAACGAUGUUCUACGAGGUGUUGGUGUCGAGACGGUCGAGGAUGACGCGGUACCGGGUGCGACGGCAACGUCGACGUCAACGUCGACGACGUCGAGAUCCGGCUCCGAUACCUCGGAAUCUCGGGUCGACGAUCCGAUGCCGUCGGUUCCACCGUCCCCGGAGCGGAGAAUACCCUCGACGACGACGCCGACGGCGACGAUAACGACGACAACCGAGAGGCGAGUCGAGGCUCGUCUCCUCCUCGCCUCCGAUCACGAGAUGCCGAUAUUCAGGGACAGAUCGGCGGCCGAAACGGAAGCCGCCCACGACCUCCUGGAGCUUUCGAGAUCGCUGCCACCGCUGCCGACGCCGAGCGUCGUGAUCGGUCCUCACGAGGUCGUCGAGAGCCCGGCAACGGACGUCCAGGAGAUGACGGUCUACCAUCCGGAGCCCUCGAUUUACCAGGUGAACGCGAUCGACCUGGCGGGGAACCUCUACCACCCCCAGCCGGCGAGCAUCGUCUACGAGCCGGCGACGAUCGUCCAGCAGACGGUGGGGGGCGUCUUCGUCCCGCUGUCGCCUGUGCAGGAGAUCCUCUUCGCCUACAGCGAACCCCCGGCACCGGCGAUCGUCUCCGAGCCGCUAGAGGCGCCACCGUUGACGCCACCGGCCUCCGAGUGCAGCAGCGACAUAGAGAACAACAAUCCAAACUCCCAGACGACGAGGGACAAGGAGGUCCAGACGACGAUCGGCGAGCAGGCCGAGGUCAAGGCCGCGGCCUACACCUACGACACUCUCCUCGUCGCCGACGGACGGUCGAGGAACAAACGCGGCGCCCAGCCGAAGCCGCCCCCGGAAGUCCAGGCCGCGGAGGCCGCGGAACCGCCCGAGGCGCCCCGGGUGGGACGGUACGUCUGCUGCGAGUGCGGCAAGCAGUACGCGACCUCGUCGAACCUCUCGAGGCACAAGCAGACCCACCGCAGCAUCGACUCUCAGUCGGCAAAGAAGUGCAUCCACUGCGGGAAGGCCUACGUCAGCAUGCCGGCACUCGCGAUGCACGUCCUCACCCACAAGCUCGCGCACAGCUGCGGCGUGUGCGGGAAAAUGUUCUCCAGGCCCUGGCUGCUCCAGGGACACCUGCGCAGUCACACGGGCGAGAAACCCUACGGAUGCGCUCACUGCGGCAAGGCCUUCGCCGACAGGUCGAACCUCAGGGCCCACAUGCAGACCCACUCCUCGGACAAGAACUACGAGUGCUCCAAGUGCCGCAAGUCAUUCGCCCUCAAGUCGUAUCUCAACAAGCAUCUCGAGUCCGCCUGUCAACGCGACAACUGCGAUGACAGCAGCAACGACGCCGACGCACCCUAGACCGGUUUUUUUCAAGCUCUCAACCGGUCGCAAGCCAGGUAAAAGGAAGAAGCAAGGAUUGAAGGUCUUUAGGUAUAGUCUCGAUAGAAGGAAAAUUAAAUACGUCGUUUUUGAAAUCACUGACAUAGUUUUAUUGUGGACCUAGGGGGUAGCCACAUUUUUUUUUUUUUCCACUUGUAAAGGGGUAGCGAAUUCAAGAAGGUUGAGAAGCACAGCGGUGUACGUAUGUAAUGUAAUGCUUGUCGACUUAUUGAAAGAGCAAAACUUCAUGCAGUCUUCUUCUUCUGCUAUACGCUGUUUCGGAAUCACACUGCAAUUAUCUACUACACGUAAUAGAGUUUAGGUAACAGAACAGUAAUACCGCGUCUUAUACGCCGUACAAACUGUAGAAAAACGCAACCUAUGAUACUUAAUUUGAUUUUUUUUUUAUUAAAUUUUUCCUCGACGUUCUUGCAGUGUGUCUAAACGAAAAAUUAAAAUCUCAACUAUUCUAUUUCACUCUCUGCGAUAUUUGAUUAACAAAGAAAAAAAAAAAAAAAAAGAUGACAAAACUACGAAACGCGUAAUCCUUAACAUUAAAAUUGACGCAUAGAAAAGUAAAAAAAACUAUAUUCUGAAUUCAGCCACCGCACCGUAAUAAAUGCAACUCGUUAAUAGCUCACGAUGCACGAAUAAUGAUUGCUGUAAUAACAGUAAUAUUAAUAAUAUUAUUAUCAAUAAUAAUAAUUCGCGACGCACCAGCAAUUAAUUUUAAUUAGCAAGCAGGAUAGUCGAAACGGCUCGAGUGGUUUCAUUCCGCAAGCUCGACCGACUUGACGGCUGCCCACGUACGGAGUGUUUCUACUUACAGUCAAAGGGAACGCGGAUCGUACGGUCAGACCGCCUGUACAGUACAGUCGCUACUACUGCGACGCAAACGCCGUUUAUUCUUGUCAUAGUCAUGUAAUAGGUAUGUAUCCCCAUCGUAGCUGGAUACGUCUACUAUCUAUCUAUGUAUUAUAUUUACCUAAUAACAUUUGUCUUGGUUAUUUAUCGCUAUCGUGUAACGUGGAAUAGUAUAUUUUCAAUGUUCGUUCCACAUUUCGCUUCACGUUAGCACUGUAUUUAGUUUUGCAAUGCAGUGAUUGCGGAUAUAAAACUCUAACUAUAUUGCACACGUACUUUAAUCGAUAAAAGCUGAGUGAAAAACGAUUCUAGUCGAACAGUGAUUUACUUAUGAUUCUAGUCGGGAUAUUGUGCUUUCUUUUUACACAAUUUAUUCGAUACAUUUUUUUUACAUUCGACUUUCGUCUAGUCUGUACGACCCUGAGUCUAGUCAAGCGCAAUUAUGCUAUCCCUGUAUUUCAAUAGCAUCAUAUUUGUAUGAUUGAUGUUAUGUUUAAUUUUUACAAUGAUAAAUGACAAACAAAAUGAAACCCAAAACUCGACGUGUGUGUAACAUGAAGACAUACUUAUGAUAUACGUGAUGUGUGUUACGUGUUAUUCGUAAUAACUAUACACAUGUUUAUUUGUAUAAUUAUAUUGUGUCCAAUUUGUGAUAAGUCAAGAGGAUGGAACAGUCAGAAAGAAAAAAAAAAGAAUCACUGAAAAAAGAGAAAAGGGAAAAAAGAAUAAUGAACCGGCUGUAUUAAUGUCUAGUCGUAAUAACACGUUAAUAGCACGAUAGUCUUUGUUACAAUAUCUGUAAUUUAGUUUCAUCGGUUUUUUACAUACGAUAUUACGUAUUAAUAUACCAUAUAUUGUACACACCUACAUAAUACGACGUAUAUCUACGUGCAACAGCGAAUUAAACUAAAUGGUCAAUCAAGAAUUAUUAUAUAAUAAUAGAAUGUAUAUGUUCAUACGAUGAAUCACGGUAAAGGAUAAUAAUAAUAAUAAUACUAUCAAUAUUAGAUGAUAGCGCAUAAUAAUAAUAAUAAUAAUAAUAAUAAUAAUAUAAUAAUAAUUAAUAAUAAAAUCAAUAAUAACAUUAGUAGUAAUAAUAAUAGUAAUAAUAAUAGUGUACAUCGUAAAAAUUGCGAUGUUGGUCAUAUUUUAUCUUAGAAUCUGUACGGAGUUUAUAUUACGUGUAUUAUUAUUAUUAUUAUGAUAUAUUGACUGAUCAGUUUGAAUGAAACUUUCGAGUACUUGUAUUGGUAUUGAGUACCAUCGUGGGCACGUAUUGAAAAAUAGAACGAUGAAAAUGAUGUUUUAGAGUAAAUUUUAUCAUUUUCACACACGUACGAAAUCGUAUAAUACUUGGGCAUAUAAUAUACGGCGAUGAAUUAAUAAUCUCAUAAAUAAUAGCAAGCUGCAGAACUGAUAUUCUUAAACGCAGAUACAAUUUGAUCUGUUUUAGUUUAGUGCAAUAUGAUGGCGAUUUUGUUACUAUUGUCAUUAUUAUUAUUAUUACUAUUAUUAUUAUCACCAUUAUUUAUAAGCGAAUGGACACUAAAGUUGAUUCUGCUAUUUAUAUGUAUAUAAAUUAUAUACAUCAAAUAGAGAGUAUGAGCUGAGUUUCAGAUAAUAAUGUUUUUUCACCGGUGGAUGAAAGUAUACAUUGUUAUAAUUACGUCGCUAAUGAACUGAUGAAACGUACGCUAGAAUCGGACAGUAAUUACAUCGAGAUUAUUUCAUUGUUUUACUUACAUGCCCAUAUAUUUAUGUAAUAAUUAAUUCACUGUUGUCCGAAUAAUAUCGUUAUACCGAUUAUAUAAUGCGAGGAAAAGCUGCGGCCUUUGAAAUUAACUGAACCAAAAUCGACGAUAUAAUAUGUGUAUUGUCAAAAA